AUGGCUUUUAACGAGGCAAUACCCAAAGACGAGCCAAACAAAUACCGACACCUCAAACCGUUAUACAUCUCGGCUCAUAUGGAGGGUGUGCCCGUGUCCAAGGUCUUCGUUGACUAUGGGGCGACAAUCAACAUCCUUCCCUAUUCCCUGAUGAAGAAGCUGGAUAAGUCAAAGGAAGACCUCAUCCCCAGCGAUGUGGUCAUGAGCAGCUUUGUCGGCGAUAAAUCUAAGACCAUCGGGGUGUUGCCGUUAAAAAUCACUGUGGCUGACCAGACGAGAGUCGCGGCCUUCUACGUGGUCGAAUCUAGCAUGGACUACAAUAUAUUGCUCGGUCGUGACUGGAUCCAUCAGUCUGGAUGCAUACCGUCCUCCCUCUUCCAACUGUUGUUCUUCUGGGACGGCCAGAGGGUGUCCAUACACCCGGCCGACAAAAAGCCCUUUGAAACCAACGCCGUGUAA